CUCUGGGAAUCUACUCCGCACACUCUCACUGAACCCCAGUCAGGAUUUUACGGGAGCUGAAAGAGAGCGAUCUGACACAAAAUGAGAGGACUUGUUCUCUUGGUUACUUUGGCCUGCGUCGCCAGAGCUCAACACCAAGCAUUGAUUGACUACUUGGAGCGGAGGCUGCUUGCUAUUGAGGACAGGAUCUCUCUGUGGCAGGAACAAACCACCCGCUAUGCCUCGGACCUGCGGGAGCUGAAGCAGCAGAUGGUGUCCCAGCUGGAGAACCUGGACAAGGAAAAAGAGACACUGAGAAUGAAUCUUGAUGGCGUGGGGACCAGGGUGGACCGGGUCGAGCGGGAACUGGACUACCUGGAGACACAGAAUGGGGCUCAGCCAUGCGUGGACGUGGACGACAAGCUCAUAGAGCAGCAGGUGACUCAGGUGAAGGAGAAGCAGAGGACCAAAUAUUUAAAGCUGUCAGACUGCAGCGACAUGAUCUCCACAAUAAAAGCCAUGAAGAUCCUGAAGAGAGUUGGAGGGCAAAAGGGCAUGUGGACCAAAGACACCAGCAGAGUCUCAGGGAAGGUCUACAUUUUCAACGGGACAGAUGAAGACACCUUCAAUGAGUUUGCCUCUGUGCAAGACUUCACCCGCUCGCCAGGAAUGUCUCUCUCCACAAAUGUGAAGCUGCCGUCUGCCUGGCGAGGCAUGGGACACGUGGUCUUCAACAGCCACGUUUACUACGUGAAUCAGGCCGAAGACAUAACGGUGGUUAAAUAUGACACCAGGAACAACUCUGUGACGGACAGUGCGGUGUUCCCAGCGCAGGAUCACGUCCCUGUGUACGGGCUGAACCCAGAGACAGUGAUGGACCUGGCUGUGGACGAGGAAGGCCUGUGGGUCAUCUACGCCACGCGGCAGAACGAGAGGUACAUCUCUCUGGCCAAGCUGGACGGCAGCUCGGUCGACAUUGAGCAGAUGUGGGACACAAACUGUCCGAGGGAGAACGCUGAGGCAGCCUUUGUCAUCUGCGGGACUCUGUAUGUGGUUUACAACACCAAGCAGCCCGGACGCUCACGGGUGCAGUGUGUGUUUGACGUCAACGGCAUGGUGACCAACGAGGAAGCACCACUGGUUUACUUUCCAAAACGCUACGGAUCUCACUCCAGUCUGAAGUACAACCCUAAGGAGAAGCUGCUCUAUGCCUGGGAUGAUGGCUACCAGAUCCUCUACAAGCUCGUAAUGAAAAAGAAACUAGAAAUUUGAGCUAAACUAUAACUUAGGCAUGCCAGUACUUUGAAAUGUUUUAGCUCCUAAACUACAAAUGUCCCCUUACUGCUGAUCAUUUCAAAUCAGAUAGUGCAGGAUUUAAAAUGUUUUCUCACCCUUUGAUUCUUAAAACUUACUUGAACUUUCCGUCAACCAGUUUCAUUAUUAGAAGUGAUUUGAGUCCAGACACAACAAUUACAUAAGAACUCUGAGAAAUCAAUACUGUGACUGUGCUGCAAUGUACGACUCAAUCGCGCUGUAUGAGUUUGUCAUCAUGACCUUUCUAUGCACUGUGUAAAUCAAUAGGAAGCAAUGAAUGCCUAUUUUGAAGCAUGUCAAUCAACAUAUUUCACAUUAUACAUCACAUCACGUGCAUUGCUCAUAGAUUAAAAUCGAUUUUGUCAGCUUUAAGAGUUUGUGAUUUGUAGUAUAGGAGCCAGUUACGAAACAAAUACUGGUCCUUAAUGUGACGUCCAAUGUCUAAAGCACAAUCUAACGACAGCCCAAAACCUUUAUUUCCAAUACGACUACGCUGCACUUCUGUCGUCAAUCAUUUCUCUAUCUCCUGGACUGGAAUCAUUUACUGUACUAACCUGGUGGUUGUUCUGACUACUCCUUUUUUUUGUUCACAUAAAGGGUAUGCAAAUAAGCAACACUCAUACUUUUAAAUGACUCUAAGACCACUUGUUUUGAUCACACUGUCAAAAUCUGUCCAUUUUAUACUUCCUUUGACACAUUUUUGUUUUUCUACAACAGAAAUAUUCACAGCCUUGCUGAGCACAUUGAAUAGUGUGUUGAUUCCCAUAGAAAUCACAUUUAUUGAAGCUUAUUUUUUCUUCCCACUGCUCAUAGUUGCAUACUUUAAUUUGUGCAGUCGCUUUAUGAAGUUUGCAAAGUAAAAGUAUGUGCAGCAUCCAACUUGUCAGAUCUGUAAAGAGAAAAAGUUUGGUUCAAAAGAUAAAGUUAAAAGUCCUGAAUUAUUCAGCUUUAUUGAUUUAACAAUCUUCUUUUCUCAUCUGCAUAAAAACCAACAACUGUCAUCUCCAAAAAACAUCUACAUCCAACUAUAGUAUCUCACUACAGUACGGAAGCUUAGAUCUGCAAUGAAUCUUGGAAAGAAACUGCUAGCUGGCUAGCACUCUCUCCUUUUAGUGUAUACUCCAGUACUUUUUGCUAAAUAAAAUGAAUUCAGCAGAUUGCACCACUACUUUAAUUGUAUAUCUAAAAUAAUCUUUUCAGUAAUUUAUACCUGAAUAUAACAUUUUCUUCAAAUUAUUGUUUGUUAUGAUAGUUCACCUUAAUAAGAAACACCACACUUGUUAAACAAAACAAAGUCUGUUGAUUUCUGUGUAGCUACAGUAUGUACAAACAUAUUAAACCCAAUAUAUAGGAUUUUUUUUUCUACUUUGCCACACACAGUGUUGGCAUUUUAAAUAGUUGUACUGUGUUAAGUCACUGUUAUACUUCUUUAUCUAGUGCAACACUUUACUUGAAGGUGACCCAUGUGUAUUGACUGACGUGUUGUUUCUGGCGUGACCAAUAAAAACUCAUAUAGCAGGAAGUCUGUUGGUUUAUUUGAAUUAUAUUUAUAUUUAAUUAUUAAACACUUAACUUUUAGUUAAGGCCUAAAAAUCAGCUUAAAAACACUUUACUGAAUUCAACAAGGAGAGAUCAAGUGAGAGUAAAGAAUGAACAUUUAUUUCUAAAUGCUGGUGGAGCAGCAGGUGGAUGAAGGAGACCUCUGAUGAAGACUACUAUCAGGCAGAACAUUAUGACCACCUUCCUAAUAUUGUAUAGGCGGUGCCGUCUGUAUUCACGGGGAACGCGGGGUCUUGGAUGAAUGGUGAAAUGGAUGGACUGUGUGCACUUGAUCGGACCCAGAGGGAGUGUGUCAUGAGAAGUGCUUUGGAGACCUGGUUCACAGGACCACGGUGCGUCUGUGCCCGGCUUCAGACUCUGCAGGCGGACACACUCUGUUGAGUGACUGCUGAAUUAUAUUGAACCAUUAACCUUAUCAUCUCCAUUCAAUGCAUAAAGAGAUAAAUGACCUCUUAUCGGAACAACAACCCUCUAUUUUAAUAACUCAGCUGCAUAACACAAAAAUUCCUGCCCCUUAAUGCGCCUGUGGGCCUGUAGUCAAGUCGCUUAAGAUUAAUGAAGUGUGACCUGAAUUGAAUAAGGAGAGACUGACUCUUGUAUUUGGGUUUCAUAAAAUAUUUGGCACGUUUUACUCCAGACCUAACAGUUUGCCAAUGCAAUCUUCAAAAUAAAGAAAUCUGCACAUCAAAACUAAGACUGAGUAAAUAAAAUAUGAAACCAGUAACAGUUAUUUAAGCAUGUUUAUUUUUUUCCAAACUGUGAAUAAACAUCUAUAAAAAUAGCUGAUUGCAUUCGGACAAAAUCCAGAGUAAGAAAGAUGCAACAGCAUAUUAAAUCCUGUAAAAUCUGAAUUACAAUGAGUCAAACUUGUGAAUCCUCCAAUUCUAUUAGGAGAAGAAUCCAAACCUAAACAAGUAUUAAACAUUAAAAAAAAAAAAAAAAAAAAAAA